AUGGCCACAAAGUUUGACGAGCAGGACCGCAAGGGCGCUCGCGGGACCGACCACGAAGCUUCGCCUCCUCCACCCGGCUAUACAGACGACCAUGUCAGCGUUCAGACAGACCAGGCCUUCGUUUACGACGAUAGUCAAAAGCUGGGCUACACUGCUACUGUCUUUGUCAUCGUGAACAAGAUGAUCGGUACCGGUAUCUUCUCCACUCCAUCGGGUAUCUUUGCAGUCUCUGGAUCAGUCGGUGUCUCACUCUUCUUGUGGAUCAUCGGCGGCAUCCUCACCUUCGCUGGACUAUCUGUCUUUGUCGAGUUCGGUCUUGCCAUCCCUCGCUCGGGUGGUGAGAAGAACUACCUAGAGCGGGUUUAUCGCCAUCCCAAAUACGUCGCAACAUGCGUCCUCGCAGCCCAAAUGAUCUUGCUCGGUUUCUCUUCCGGAAACGCUCUGGCUUUCGGACGCUACUGCUUGUUGGCCUCCGGCAGCACAGUCGACGGAUGGGUCGCUCGCGGCAUUGGUAUCGCCUGUGUCACCUUCUCUGUCACACUGCAUUCUGUUGCACCCAAAUGGGGUAUCCGCUUGUUCAAUGUGCUCGGAGUGUUCAAGGUCUUUAUUCUGUUAUUCAUCGUCUUCUCUGGCUUCGCAGCUCUUGCUGGACACCGCAGGGUUCCCAACCCACACAACUUCGACAACGCGUUCAGACUCGAGGUUGGCGAGGGCUACGGUGGGGGCGGUGCGUACGAGUACUGCCAGGCACUGCUCCGUAUCAUCUACUCAUACAAGGGUUGGGAGAACGCCAACUACGUUCUAGGUGAAAUCAAGAACCCCAAGAAGACGCUUACCUGGGCUGCACCCCUCGCCAUUGGCGCCACCACGAUUCUCUACGUGCUUGCAAAUGUUGCGUACUUCGCCGCUAUUUCGAAAGAAGACCUGGCUGGAAGUGAAGCCAUUGUCGCAGGUGUAUUCUUCCGCAACGUUUUCGGUGAUAGUGCUGGAGCUCGCAGCCUUCCCGCCUUUGUCGCCCUCAGCAACCUGGGUAAUGUCCUCGCAGUUAGCUUUGCUCACGCUCGUCUGAACCAGGAGUUCGCAAAGGAAGGUCUCUUGCCUUUUAGCAAGUUCUGGGCAUCCAUCAAGCCUUUUGGCGCUCCAGCACCUGCUCUCUUCCUUCACUGGCUCAUCACUAUUAUCGUCCUAGUCGCUCCUCCAGCUGGUCCUGCGUACAACUUCAUCACCGAUCUGUACACCUACCCUGGCGCCUGGAUCAACGGGUUUGUCACCGCCGGUCUCAUCUACCUGCACUACAAUAAGAAAGAACGCUGGGAGUCGCCAUGGCACACAUACCUCCCGGUCGCUGUGCUCUACCUCGCUGCAAACAUCUUCCUGGCCCUUGUACCUUUCAUCCCCCCGAGUGGCCCCUGGAACGAAGAAGGUUAUCCUUACUACGUCUUCCCCAUCGUUGGUGUUGGUGUCCUGCUCCUUGGUGUAUUCUACUGGUUCUGCUGGACCAAGGUGUGGCCCAAGCUUGGUGGGUACAAGAUUGUUGCGCAAAGGCACGAGGAUGCACAGGGUAUCGAGCACGUUCGAUAUGUAAAGGUCUACAAUAAACACGAGUAA